AUGCUGCAAACAAAGCUAUUGAAGUCAGACUGCCAAAACCAAACACGUAUAAACAGUAGCACUACUCUCUGUGAAGCAGGCGAAGCUGCAAAAUCUUUAUACGACCAAGUGAAUCCCACGUUUGAAAAGAUAACUGGCCAUUCCCUUGUUAAAGCGCUGACAAAGAUUAAAGAUCUGAAUAUUGAAAAGAAAAAAUCAUUAGCUGAAAAAAAGAGAACAAGAAGAAAUAAUUACAGAAAAUUCAAAGAAGUAGUCGAGAAAGAGUGGGAAAAUACAUCUUUGAUAAGGUAUAAUCUGAGACUGUGGUCUGUGGAUUUUGGUCAGGCACUAGGGAUGGACUAG